CAAAGUUACUCAAAAUGAGGAGCUUUGUGAUUUUAACAGUGCUGUUCAUCGCAAAUGUUACAGCGAUCCAGUUAUUUUGUCCACCGGGUAGUACUGGCGAACACCCAAACUGCAUUUGUGAAGAUAAACAUUUGCAGAAAUUUCCAUACGAUGUCGUCAACAACGUUUGUUCGGUUGAAAUUAAUGUGAAUGAUAUAUGUCCAAAAGGUAUGGAUGGGCAUUUUCCAAAUUGCAUUUGUAAAGAUGGUAAAGUGUUUGUACCGAAAACAAGCGAGUGUGUACCGGUCGACAAAAGUCAGUGCCCAAAUGGAUCGAAAAAAGUUGACAACAAAUGUGUUUGUGAACAUAGAAACGGAUUUAAAUAUGAAUUCGAUGAGAUCUUUUGGAUAUGCCGACCAUGGUACAUACCAACCACAACUCCAGCGCCACAAGCGUGUCCAACACCACAUCAACAUCUUGUUGGAGACAAAUGUGAAUGGGACCGUUGUCCAGCAGGAUAUACAUCAGAAACUGGUUACUGGCCUAACUGUGUUGGACCACCCACGUGUCACCAAAAAGGUUUAAUUGGAGAAUAUCCGAACUGCCAUGGUGCACCGGUCCAUUGUGGCUAUCAUCAAACUGGAACAUAUCCAGACUGUCAUUGGCUCCCGUGUCCAGCAGCAUACAUAUCGAAAACAGGCUAUUGGCCUGAUUGCCAAGCUCCGCCGUCAUGCUCGGAACGAGGUUUUAUUGGCAUUUAUCCUGACUGCCAUCCUCCGCCUCCAACAUGUCCUCCUCAUCAUCAUCGUAACUCAGACGGUGAAUGUAUUCGAAUUACAUGCCCACCAGGACAAGAAGGAGACUAUCAACCAAAUUGUAAAUUGGUUCCUAAAUGUCCGUCAUCAUAUCCUGGAAAAUGGCCAUAUUGUAAUAUUUAUGCAACGACACCGCGAAAUGCUUAUAUUCCACCGGAAACACCAUCUACACCAAAAACAACAACCACAACUAGAGCAACAACUACGACAACAAAAGCAACGACAACGACAACAAAAGCAACGACAACGACAACAAAAGCAACGACAACGAGAGCAACAACUCCUACAACAAGAGCAACGACAAUGCGUAACACUUAUCUUCCACCGGACACACCAUCUACACCGAAACCAAUAACAACAACUAGAGCAACGACAACCACAACAACAACUACCACAACAACACCACGACCAAAACCAAAGUGCCACUGUGAAUGUAAAAGCAACGAAAUUGUUAUUUUCAAAGAUAAUUUUGAAUGGAAUCCAUCAUUGAAAUACAAACGUUCCGCAAAUGAAGAAGCGUAGGAAUUCAUUAAUAAAUUGAGUUGACAAAA